CCCCACUCCACAACCACAACCCAACAAGCAGAGCAAGCAAGCAAGAAACCUUCACAGCAUCCAAGCAAGCAGCAGACAGUGAUCAUCAUCCAUGGCGGCGCACCAGCAGCAACCGCAGUCGCAGUCGCAGCAGCAGGCGGUGGGGUUCGAGGACUACCUGCCGGUGAUGGCGGAGCGGCUGGGGGAGGAGGGGCUGAUGGAGGAGCUGGCGGCGGGGUUCCGGCUGCUCAUGGACCCAGCGUCGGGCCUCAUCACCUUCGACAGCCUCCGCCGCAACGCGCCGCUGCUGGGCCUUGGGGGCAUGUCCGACGACGACCUCCGCGGGAUGCUCGCCGAGGGCGACUUCGACGGCGACGGCGCGCUCUCCCAGAUGGAGUUCUGCGUCCUCAUGGUCAGGCUCAGCCCCGACCUCAUGGACGAGCCCCGCAGGUGGCUCGACGACGCCGUCGCGCAGGCAUCCCACUUCCUCUUCACCAGCUAGGCUGCUGCUGCAUCGAUCCGAUAGGAAAAUUAAUCUUCUUCUUCCUUGUCGUUUCUUCUUCUCUCCGCUGUUCAUAGAGUCAGGAUUCAAGAAAAGAAAAGGCACUGUCGAUUGGUUGAAUGAUCUCCAUGUGUACUGCCGUUCCCGCACGGGAAUCUCUCUGAAUUAUAAUCGACAUAAGCUUCUACCGUUUCAGCCCA